GGCGGGAUAGGCUGCCGUUCGACGCCUCCCGAAGGAGGGACUGGUAAUGGGCACAUGAAUGAGAGAGAACGGGAGGCGCCCUCUCUCUCGCCUCGCCAUGGCCGCCUUUUCGGAAGUUUCCGUCAGGCACGCCGUGAGACAGCCCUGGCGCUGUCGGGGCGGGGCUUGAAGGCGAGGCGAGGCGGACGAGGGAGAGGAGGGAGGAGGCGAAGGCCCGUCCCCCGACAGGGCGUUGGGUGUAGUGCGCGUGCGCGUGGCGUGAGGCGAAGGGCGAGAGAGAGAGAGAGAGAGAGAGAGAGAGGAUGGAGCGCUGGGCCUUCGUGUGGGGCGCCUCCUCGUGGGCCCGCUGGCCGAGCUGGGAGCUGCUGGCCGCCUUCGCGCUGAUAGGAGUCGUGGGCUGGCUGGCGCGCCUCUGGGAGAGGAGGCCGCUCGGGCGCCGAGGCCGUCCGGCGGAGAAGGCCAGGAUAGCCUCGCUCUCCCCGCCUCCCUUCUCGACGACGACGCCGCCUGAGGAGAAGCAGCGCCAGGCCGGUCUCUGCCAAGGGUCUGUAACAAUGGAUGCUAUAUUGUCACGGCUAAAGCUGCUAACUCCUGAUGAACUUCGAGAAGAAAUUAUCAAAGCUGGACAGAAAUGUGGACCCAUCACUUUAACUACCAGGUCGAUUUUUGAAAAAAGACUGGCCCAGUCAUUACUGGAGCAGCAAAGAGAAUUGGAGGCAGAAGCUGAUACAGAUGAUGAGAGUGGAGCUGAAAUUCAGAAGUCCUCCAAUCAAAAUGGGCAUGUAAGCUCCUCUGAAGAUGGUGAUUUUGGCUAUAACAUGGGCUUAAACCCACCAGAAGAAGAAGCACUAAUGCACAAGACUGAAGUUGACUCCCUAAGCUUUCAGACUCCGUCUAAGGAGCCUCUGGUAUACUACGGCGUAUGUCCGGUUUAUGAUGAUAUAUUGGCAAGAAAUGAAAGGGUGCAUGUCUAUGAAGACAAAAAGGAAGCUUUGCAAGCCGUUAAAAUGAUAAAAGGCUCACGGUUUAAAGCUUUCUCAACUAGGGAAGAGGCAGAGAAAUUUGCCAAAGGCAUCUGUGAUUACUUUCCCUCUCCAAGCAAAACCUUACUAUCUUUGUCUCCUGUAAAAGUGUGCUCAACAGUAUUCAACAGAGAUGGCUUAUGCUCUCCUGAGAUGGAAACAGUUAGUAAAGAGAGAGCCAACAGUUUUAAAAGUCCACGUACUCAGGAACUUACCGCCAAACUUCGGAAAGCGGUUGAGAGAGGAGAUGAAACGGCCUUCUUGGAACUUGUUUGGAGUAAUCCUCGCUAUCUCAUUGGCUCUGGAGACAACCCAACAGUUGUGCAGGAAGGCUGUCGAUAUAAUGUCAUGCAUGUUGCCGCUAAAGAGAAUCAGCCUGGCAUUUGCCGAUUACUGCUGAACACUUUGGAAAAUCCUGAAUUUAUGCGGCUGAUGUAUCCUGAUGAUGACGGGAUAAUGUUACAGAACCGUAUCAGAUACAUAGUGGACCUGUAUCUUAAUACGCCAGAUAAAAUGGGAUUUGAUACACCACUACAUUUUGCUUGCAAAUUUGGGAACUCGGAUGUUGUUCAUAUCCUUGCUUCACACCCAGAUACGGUGAAGAAUUUAGCAAACAAGUAUGGUCAAACUCCAGCAGAAGUUGUUUGUGAAAGGAGCAAAAACAAAUCUGCAGAGUUGAAAGAGAAAAUCAGGGAAUAUUUGGAAGGCCAGUGUUAUGUACCACUCUUCAGAGCAGAAGACAAUGUCUCAGCGCCUGUGAUUGGUGCACCUUGGUCUCCUGACCAGUCAGAGGAUAUCCAGCAUGGCUCUUUACCAAGUUACGUUGGUAGCCCUAAAGAUCCUGUGUUGAUAGUGAGGGCUUAUGCUGGCCCAUUGAGCCCUUCCAAGGCUGAAGAGUUCCACAGGAUUUGGAAAACUCCACCUCGAGAGAAAGCCGGAUAUUACCACAAUCUCAGAAAAUCCGAUCUGGAAAGAGGGGUCGAAAGAGUUGGAAGGGAGUUAGCCCAUGAACUGGGGUUUCCAUGGGUUGAAUACUGGGAAUUUCUGGGCUGUUUUGUAGACCUGUCUUCCCAGGAGGGUUUACAAAAACUAGAAGAAUACCUGAGCCAACAGGAAAUGCGUGAGAAGGCUCAGCAAGAAACAGGAGAGAACGAAUCCCACAACAGAUACAAAACCCCACAGCUUUCUGGCAAAAGUAAAAAAAGCUAUAACUCAAUCUCAGUCGGGGCAUUUCUUGAUGACGAAGACAUGAGCCUGGAAGAAGUGAAGAACAGGCAGAACGCGGCGAGGAAUUACAGCCGAGUUACAGCCACCAAUGAACCAACCAUCAGUAACGUUGGCAACUUGGAGUGUGACAUCCUCUCCAUUGAAUGUACUGGGAGUAUAAUGGCCGAAGUCUCCAGUCAGCACUCUGCAAAAGAAAUCCCUGCCAGUAAAAAUGGGUUUUGUAGCCCAGUGGCCAGUGGUAGAACUGUGAGCCCAUAUAGGAGGCAUGCAAACCAAAGAGAAGAGUGCCUUCCGACACCAGUCUCCAAUCUGAUGGAAGAGUUUGAUAAACUGUCCUGCCAGGAUCAGACUGUGGCUGCCGAGAGCUUAUCAGGGAAGCCAAACAAGGCUUCCACAAAAAAGCACAAAAACAACCCGGAGGAAAGUACAAGGCAGCUUAGAAAAUGUAAGGAUCAGGUGAAUGAAGCCGUGCUGCCCAAAGGUGGCACAGCACCUGGAAAGUCUGAAGACACCAAAAUAAGGAUAGAAGGGAAAACAGCAGUAGCAGGUGGACCGGGAGAGGAGACCAAGCCGUCUUGCAGUUCUGAAUUGCAACCCGAGAUGUCACCACUGUGUUCCCUAAACACCCCGUCCUCAAAGGAAAAAGCCAAGUCACUGUUCCUCUUGGGGGAGCAGCCUUCAAAAUUGGACCACGAUGUGUUAACGGCAUUACAUGGCAUGGAAAUUGACUCGCAACGCUAUCCUGCCGUUUUCCAGUGGAAUAUGUCUGUACAGUCCUAUUCUCCUUCGGACCGGCAAAGCUGGUCGAGUCCCUCACUGAAAGGAAGAUUCAAGUCUCGAGUGGCUUCGGCCCCCUCCAGCGGCCCAGCAUUUUGUAGCCCAGGAAACACUAGCCCAACGUUCAGUAGUCCGGGAAAAUACAACGCGGUGGCGGCUGCCAACCUCUCUCCAGAUUUUGUGAGUCCCGGGCGGUACACCCCGGCCUAUGUCAACCACAUUCUGCUGUCUAAGCGGCAGAACUUCUCAGGACCACUCACUCAUUAGAAUAUGGCAUUUUAGAACUGCAAUUAAGUGAAGAAAAAAAAUGAAGGCAGAAAAACUUAACAUGAUGUAUCCCCGCUCCCUUUUAUUUAUUGUUGUAAGGAAAAUGGUUGCUUGCAGAGAAUGUCUUCAUUCCAUUUCCCAGAUAAUCAGUGGCUCAUAGAUUAGAGCAGUGAUACGUUGAGAAUACCUGACCAGUACAUCGAAAGUAAUUGUGGAUAGAAAUGGCUUUUGGGUCUCUUGAUGAGAUCAGCUGCAAGGGUAGACUAUAGGGCAAUGGGGUCAAACGUGUGGCCUUCCCGGUGUUUUGGACUCUAUCUCCCAGAAAUCCUGGCUGUUGGACAAGCUGCCUAGGGCUUCUGGGAGUUGGAAGCCCAAAUAUCUAAGGGCCUGCUAUAGGGGAUUCCAAAAGAACACGUUUGUCACACUGGCCUUCCAGUUUGAGAGGAAAGGGGAAAGUUGCUGCUUUUCAGUGUAUAUGGGCUUUUGAUUUUGGGGUUGUUCUUUCAUCCAGUAGAGGCAUGGACAAACUUCGGCCCUCCACGUGUUUUGGACUUCAAGUCCCAGAAAUCCCAGCCAGCUUACUGGUUGUUAGGAAUUGUGGGAGUUGAAGUCCAAAACACCUGGAGGGCCAAAGUUUGCCUAUGGCCGAGAACGACUGAAAGAACAGAGAAUGCACAUUUGGGUUUCAUAUGCUGGAAAUGUUUUUUAGAAAGAUAAUGAUGGAAACAAAUGAAUCCACCUCCCACUUACCAUAGACAGAAAAAUACUUUAGCGGUACCUCCCAAGUUAUCACUGGCCUGUCAUUUAACAAUACAGCUCAUUAUUUUGUAAUUUCUGAGCUCAUUCUGCAUUCAGAACAUCUGGAGCAGAUAAGAAUGGUUCCGUGAAAUCAAGCUAAAUGCUAGUUUCAAUAUGUUUUUUGAAUGUUCUUCAAAUUUACCCAUGAAGACAAGCUCAGUGGUUAUGUUCACUUCAAGCCUUUUUAUAUUAUUCUAGCCAAGGCCUCCCUAACCUGUGGCCCUCUGGGUGUUUUGGACUUCAGCUCUCAGAAAUCCUGACCAUUGGACAAACUAGACAGGGAUUCUGCGAGUUGGAGACCCAAACUCCUGGAGGGUUGCAAGUUGAAGAGGCCUGGUCUAGUCCUUACCACACAUAAAUAUCCCUCUUUUAUGGACUAGAAUAGAAGAUGCAGACUUGGCAGUGAGGAAUGGGAAGGUAUUUUACCAUAUACAUGGAAGGGAGCAGAUGAGGGUAGAAUUGUUAUACCUGAAAUCAUCUGAGCCUUCUUUUCCAUACACCGGGGAGGUAAACAGUGAUUCUGUGCACACUGGACUAUAUAACUCUGUUUGUUCCUCAUCAGCCGCACUGAUGGAAGUUGCAAUCUAAACACCUGGAAAGUCCCAUGUUCCCCAAUCCUGCCUUACACCAAGUGUAAUAAUGAGCAUUACAGACACUGUUAGUGUUUGAUAUUUUGGUACAAAACUCUAGAACUCCGCAUAAGGCUUCCAAUUCGAUUAGUGCCUUCUGUCGUACUUUUUGGUUUGGUGCAAUUCGUUCUUGGUUUUUAACAGCGAAUACUGUUCACUAAUAGAAGCAGUAACGGCAUUUUCAUUUCCCGACACUUUUGAAAAGCAUUCUUUUUAAGCUGUCCUUUGUAGCCUUUGGAGAAAUACUGUAAACAUCAGUGUAUUAAUUUGUACGUUUACUAGACAUGGCUUAAAUGUAAAUUACAACUAAUGUCCAGUUUAGGAUGUUUUUUUAAAGCCUACCAACUGUUGAAAUGAUCAUUCAGAUGUAACAAGAUUUUCUUGGGUGCAGUUUUGAGGUUAAUUUCUAACUUUGCAAGUCCAUUAUUAAUAGGGUGCUAUCUACACUAUAUAGUUACUUGAAGCUGGCUUUUCCUAGGCCUGUAUAAUCAAGGCUGCAGUAAGACUUUGACAGUCAGUAGGGUAAAUUGCCUUGAGUUCUGAUGGAUACAUCUUGGAAGUCUCUGUGGCAGAAAUCAGCUUCUAGAAAUCUCGUGAGCAAGGAAUAGCUGGCUAAUGGCACUGUGCACACAUCACAACUUAUUCAAAAAGGUACAAUAACAGCGUAACACUCAUUGUCUUAAGAAAUAUGCCAUCUCCCUAGGUCCCUUGCAGGUAAAGCUUUCUUCACACUAUAUUCAGAGGUCAUUCUUGCUUAGCAUUCUUGCUUAGCCCUAGUGGUUUGAACAUAUAUUCAAAGCAAUUGACCAUGUUUUAUAACUUCCUUUGCUUUUACUACUCUUGUUAUAUGCCGUUUUGUAUUUGGGAGUGUUUCCGGAGCACAAACUUUCAGUUUAACGCUUGUCUUAGGACAGUGGGAGGGGAUGUUGAUGGGGUUGGUGUCCUGUGACUUAGUCCUUUUUGUCAAUGUGUUCAAAUACAUUUUUAACAAUAUUAAAUUUGUUUACCUAAAA